ACGAGGACAUGGUACGAAUAGCCAAAAGCGUUAAAAAAGACGAUAGUGUUUCAAGGUCGGGUUAAUUAACAGACUAAGUCUGCUGUAUAAUUUUACUAUUUUUAUAUUGAUUCAACAUAAUGAGCAGUUCUUCGUCGAUAGGUGUACGCUUUUGUUGCGGUCGGAAAGUCUCGGUUAAGAACAGGUAAUAAUACAAAGAUUGCUUGCAUAUAGGAACAUUCACAUUGUGUUAUACCCAGGAAAAUGUAAAAUUAAUUACCAUACAAACUAGCCUAGUUUACGUAAUGUAUAAUUAUGAAAAAAAAAGGCUAUCUUUAAAAGCAAUCGCACAUCUUAUCAUGAUAAAUUGUAAGCAAUUGGGUUGAACUUUUAAAAAAUGGCACUGUUGAAUUUAACUUACAUCAUCAUAGUAGUCCAGGAGAGUCGUUUGUUUAAAUAGCCGGAGUUCGUCUGACCAUCUCUAGAUAACUAUACUAUUCACAAGAGUAGGUCUGGAUAAUAUACGUUCCUCAAUGAAAUUAACACUAAGACUGAACAAAUCGUUCCUCAUCCGUAGCAAAUCAUUAGUAUAUAAUGCAAUUAAUUGAGAUUGGUUAAGUUAUUGUAAGUGAGGUAGUUGGUUAUGAGGGACAGUUAUAUAAUAUUUAGAAGAGGCAAAAUUUUCAUUUACAAUUAAUUAGAGUUAAACGACAUAAAUGCCUGGGCAUGUAGCUGCCAUUGGCAUGAAUUUUGAAAUAGUAUGCGUUAGCGCUGAACAGUACAAAACCCUAUCGUGCGUAUCAGCAAGGUAGCAUUUGCGCUACCUCUUAAAGCUUUCCGAAAAUAGACAAGUAGCUCUUGCAAACAGAAAGUGGUUCGGGGCUGAUUUAAUAAAGACUGUCCGAUGAGUCCGAAUGACUUUAACACUAUAUACUUUCUGUCAUCGACGGCGGUUGACGGAACAACAUGGAAAACAACCCCUGGCAACAGUCCGUCUUUCGGGUGGAUAUUCCCAAAAGGACCUGAUUGACUUAGGACUGAUGUGACUUCAAGGGAGUGCCGUCCAAACGGAGAAAUGUGGUUAAAGUAGACGCAAAGGCGCAAAAAACAACACACAGUGCUGGUCUUUUUGUUUCUAAUGACAUGUCUUAGAUAUAGAGCCCCGCUUCGUAGGGGGUGACACGAAUCUUAAAAGGGUUCGCGCCACCCACGAACACAAUUCGGACGCCUGCAUCAAUGGCGGGACGUCUGCUAGCCCCAGACCGGUACUAUAUAAGGCCUGGCGCGAAUCACAACGCCACCCGAGUUGCUUCGCAGCCUCAGAGCCUACAGCUUCAUCUCCUUCUUUUUCACGAUGCGUAUACGCGUUGCCUUUCUCGCUUUAUGCGUGCUUCUCGCCGCUGCAGCUUACAUGCCGCUAGCUUCUGCACAGAGGGCAACGGAGGUAGCCCGAUUGUUCUUGGUACCGAAUGGAAACCUCCCCGCCGGCGCAGGGCUGCUCCGCAGUGAUUAUUCGUCCGUCGGAUCGGUGGUCCACGGUGGCAAAAGAGGGGGCCUCGACUCCCUCAGCGGAAUGGCCUUCGGGCGUCGGAGGUAAAAAGCUUGCUUGAUUUGCACCGCAACCAUCUAAUCUGCUUGCGUCGCCAUUGCAAUCCCGGUACAGCGUCUGAACAGAGCGCGUAAAGCAGCGCAUCUUUUUGCACUACUCUCACCUUUAGGAACCGCCAUGAUUUAUUUCUAGUAACGAUGUCCACCGAAAGAAAUGCCACUGUAGAUGCUGCUUAAGCUGAACCGCGAAAGAAAUAACAUCUUUCAUCUCGCCGGUUCCUAUUAGCCUUCAGCAGAUUACGCGGUAUCUGAUUUAAGCAUCAAUUUCUACCACUGUUUUUACAAACUUAUACAAAUAUUUCGCAGUAGAACGAGUACCGAAUACGAACUGGCAGACAGCGGUAAAUAAAGAUGCCCACUGCUUAUAUAACAGUUACUCCCAUUGGUAAUGAUGACAUUAGGCCGUCCGUAGAUUUGGACGGAGCGGCUCUAUCGCCUCGAAAAUUAAUAAGUUCAACGUCGAGAUAGACGUUGGCGGCUUUUUUUUCGUUAGCUCCCACUGGUUUAUGUCGAAUGUGGCUUGUGUAUUAUGAAAAUCUAAGCUACGGAUAGACUUGCUAGAAAGAAAAGGUACAACGCUUCGGAUAGCCAGCGCUGAGGUUGUGGCAAGCUCUGCAGGAUUAGAACAGGUAGGCGACCCGGCUAACCUCGUUGGCAAUUCAAACGAACCCCCGAGCUAACUGUGUGUGGUAAUAUGUAGAGCUAAAAUGCAUCGUUGAGAACGCCGAUACUAUCUACGACAAACGACGUGCUAAUCAAACUCCUAGUAAGAACUAUCAAAACGCAAUGAAGCUCAUCAGGACGUAAAAAAACGUGUGAUUGCUAGAUUUUUUUGAUGAGCAGGCGAACUUGCCGUGCGCAAUGUAUUUACUGUCUUACUAAACUCGAACGACUUGCAACCCAGUUUCUGCCCGGACCGCGGAAGAGGAUCACAAUAUCGAUUCGUUAAAACUCAAGGAAAAUUAAAAAAGGAUAUAUACUUCAAAUAGCAACAACAGAUGAAGGGUGAAGUAUUCAGCGCCGACGAACACCUACACGAUUACGCGUAGACAGAAUCGUUACUGUGUAACAUUAAGAGACAAACUAAAUAAACUUUAUGCAUUGGAAAACAGCAACGUGCUACCAUUUUCUUAGACAGAUAAAUCUCCGAGGCUGUCGAUCAUUUGAGUGGCUAUCUGUUACAUUCAUUCCGGUAUCUUCUGCCGUACGUUGAACGUUCCCGUGCGUUGUUACGGUAGGUUAAAAACUCUUGGUUAAAAAAAGGUUAAAAACUUGAAUCAGUUGUACUUGUAGCCGCCAUUAGAAUUUUAGGUACACUUUGGUUUUCUAGUCGGGACUGAAUCCGCUAGAUUUUUCAAUGGCGAUAAUGUGAGUAUGGGCUGUGCAAUGAUAUUUUUAACAGUAGUGCUUUAAUCAUGCGAUAGAUCUUUUCCAUCCUACACGUUCAAAAGGGAAUACUUAUGGGCUGAGUGUGAUGAUUAUGAUAUUCAAGUGUGACCCCCUUUAACGCUCUUCCACGUCGUCUUAAGCAGUGAUUGAGUUUCAUUUAUUUCGAGGAAAUGAUUAAUGUCAAACACAGCAUGCGAUGGUGAUAACGAGUAUGUCUGGAAUAUGUGGCGGAGGCGAUGACCAGUUGCAUUCAGUUUUCUUGGAAAUUUGCGAAGACCUUGAUCUUAUACUCCGCUGGUUGGGGCCGCUAGUUCCCAUUGGCUCGCAUCCCAUGACGACAACUGUGUUUUGUGCGCCAAUUGCUAAUUCUCUGCCCGUCACACCGGCGGGAAACACGAAUUACCUCAUCAGCGGUCCCCAGCGGUGGAUUAUUUUGCCGAUUUCCAGCAACGCAGCGAUACGAGGGAACUCUACAGAGGCAGAGGUCCGCGCUGUCCAAUCGAUACCGCAAGUCGAGGCAGGCUUGCCAACUACAACAUCAACUCCACCAACGGCAGCAAGAUCGGAAGUUGUAGCUGGGAAUAAUGAGAGUGUGUUCAUAUUCGAAGACGUGCGCACCAUGUCGCGGCAUCGAGAAGCCACCCGCAGCGUCAGUGACAAUCCAAGUGAGGGAACUGCAAUUUCCAAACCCAACAAGCAACAUACGCUUAAUAUGACUAGAAGCGCAUUGCCUACUUCUGACUCGGCUGUGUCACCGGCUCUUGAGAUAGUUAAAUGUCGGUCUCCUUCAACACUUGCAUUGUCGCAAUCUUUGCCGCAAUCGCUAGUGCCUCCACCGCCACCGCCUCCGCCUCCGCCUCCGCCACCCCCACCGCCGCCCCCACCGCCCCUACCACCGCCUUCUCCACUUCAUAGCAAGCUAAAAGGAAUUCAGUGUUCGGCUAUAAAAAAAAGGACAAUUAAAUGGGAGAAGUUGCCUCUGAGUUUCGUAGCAAAAGGAAAAUCAAAUGUGUGGACUGCCGCAUGUGACAAAAUAACGUUAGAAGAUGAUUUAAAGAAAAAGGUCGCCGAUCAGUUUCGUCUGCCAGUUCUAAAGGAGCUACAGAACGAAAAAUCAAAAGCCGAAUCUCCUCUCAAUAUUCGGCGAUCGUUGGCUAUUGACGUUGCACUUCGGCGCUUGGGUAUCACUCCAGAAGAUGUUGUAGCCUGCUUAGCAGAGUUCAAGCUUGGAUCACUUCGAGAUGAUGGCUUAGACAUUCUCGAUAAGGUUUUACCGAGUACCCAGGAGGUUGAGCACGUGACUGCGUGGGCACGCUUAAAUAGAGACCAAUGCUUAUCCCCACCAGAACGACUGUGUCAGCUUCUUAGCUCUAUUUCGAAUCCGUCCGUACGUCUCGCCGUAUUGCGACUUGCUCAGGAAUGGCCGAGUCGACUAGAGGGUUUGGAGAAACCCCUCGUUGAAUUCACAGCUGCGUGCAAAAACAUUCUCAACAGCAAGAAGCUAACGAGUAUUUUACAUAUCCUAUUGAUCUUCGGAAAUCACAUCAACGCUGGUUCCAUCGAGGGGGAAGCUGUCGGCUUUCGUUUGGGUAACAUCACUCGUGCGUUGUCGACACGGACGACAGACGGAAGAAGGUCAUUUCUUGAACUCGUUGUUAAGGAAAUCGAAGAGCGACGCCCAUACAUUCUUCGUUUGGACGAUGAGCUUCAAGGAGUGGAAGCCGCUGCUAGGAUUGAUGUUAUCGCCAUCGUAGACAAUUUCAAUAAGCUUAAAUCAGACCUUUUGGAAACUGUAGACGUUCUAGAGCAAAAAGAUCUCUCCCAGUUGAAGAAUUAUAUGAUGAAAUUCAUUCAGACUGCGCAAGAAGAUGUGAUACGUGUUGAGGCUCACGCGCACUCUAUGAAUGAAGUUCUGCAGAAAUUGUCAGUUUGGCUCUGUGAAGAUUCCAACAAUAUCAGCGCUGUUGAAUGCGUGCGCCAAAUCGCUGAUCUCUGCACGAACAUAAAAAGGUCUCACAAGGAUAUGAAGACAGCAGGCACGGGAAAAGAAGUAUCAUCUUGAAAAUAUUUAUGUAAAUUGGAAUGAAGCCCGCUUGUGUGAUUGUUUUUGGUAUAUUCUGAACGUCAUCAGCUUACAAGCUUACAUUCCGUUCGAUCACUUCAACAAAGCUACGCAUAGUGAAUACGUGAUCCAGGGUAAAGCGAAUUCGUAACUAAGACAGCGAAGGGAUGGAGCAAUGGGAAUAGGCUAUUCCGG